AUGGCCUUUCCCCAACAUUCACCUGUUACUGAACAUCACAGAACCCAUACAGGUGAGAAACCUUACCAAUGUACGGAAUGUGGCAAGGCCUUUACUCAGCAGUCAGACCUUAAUAGACAUAACAGAAUCCAUACUGGAGAAAAGCCUUACCAAUGCAAAGAAUGUGGCAAGGCCUUUACUCAGCAGUCACACCUUAACAGACAUCUCCAAAUCCAUACUGGAGAGAAACCUUACCAAUGCAAAGAAUGUGGCAAAUCCUUUACUCACCACGCAAGCCUUAUCCAACAUCUCCGAAUCCAUACUGGAGAGAAGCCUUACCAAUGUAAAGAAUGUGGCAAGGCCUUUACUCAACAGUCAGCCCUUACCCAACAUCACAGAAUCCAUACUGGAGAGAAGCCUUACCAAUGCAAAGAAUGUGGCAAGGCCUUUACUCAACAGUCAAACCUUACCCAACAUCACAAAAUCCAUACUGGAGAGAAGCCUUACCAAUGCAAAGAAUGUGGCAAAGCCUUUACUCAACACUCAACCUUUAUCCAACAUCUCCGAAUCCAUACUGGAGAGAAGCCUUACCAAUGCAAAGAAUGUGGCAAAUCCUUUACUUACCACUCAACCCUUACCAAACAUCACCAAAUCCAUACUAGAGAGAAACCCUACCAAUGUAACGAAUGUGGCAAGACCUUUACCAAGCAUGCACAUUUUAUUGGACAUAAAAGAAUCCAUUCUGGAGAGAAAUGUUAG